GUAGCCCGUGGUCCCGCCCUGCCGCCGCUCAGACUGGCAGCGUUCCUUCGCUGCCUCCUGCCAGCACAGCCAGCCCCCUGCCCCCACGGAGCCGGUGCCAGAGCAGCAUUCCGCAAGCCGGGCUGCAUCUCCCCAGCGGAGGCUGCGCGGAGAGGCCACUCGGCCGGGCCUGGGCCUCUGGCCCCGCACCCGGCUGUCCGGGGCAGAUCCUCUGAAAGGCUUCCCCUCGCUGCGGCGGCUCGGAGGCCCCGCGCAGCCAAAGGCCCCCAGUUGCUGGUUGAGAAGACUACAGACUCCCCGGCGGCAGAGUUCUCGCUGGUGGAGGACGUGGCCCUGCACUUCGCCUGCUUGAUGGGCCGCCUGAACGAGCAGCGCCUCUUCCAGCCGGACCUGUGCGACGUGGACCUGGUGCUGGUGCCGCAGCGCAGCGUGUUCCCGGCGCACAAGGGCGUGCUGGCCGCCUACAGCCAAUUCUUCCACUCGCUCUUCACGCAGAACAAGCAGCUGCAGCGGGUCGAGCUGUCCCUCGAGGCAUUGGCGCCCGGUGGCCUGCAGCAGAUCCUGAACUUCAUAUACACGUCCAAGCUGCUGGUGAACGCGGCCAACGUGCACGAAGUCCUCAGUGCGGCCUCGCUGCUGCAGAUGGCCGACAUCGCCGCCUCCUGCCAGGAGCUGCUGGACGCUCGGUCCCUGGCGCCCUCGGGCCCCGUGGCCCUGGCGCAGCCGGCUGCCAGCUGUGCCCCAGUACCUCCGCCACCCUACUACUGUGACAUCAAACAGGAAGCAGACACCCCGGGCCUACCCAAGAUCUAUGCCCGAGAGGGCCCUGACCCCUACUCUGUGCGCGUGGAGGACGGGGCAGGGACCGCUGGGGACCCCGCUGCUCCUGGGCCGGCGGCGCAGCCGCUCCUCUUCAAGGAGGAGAAGGAAGGGGCCCCUGAGGAGCCCGAGGCCCCCGGUAGCCUGUGCAAGCUAGAAAGUGGAGAGGGUCUGGAGCCAGGGUUGGGUGCCUCGGGCACCUAUGGGCGCCAGGAGCAGUCACAGAUCAUCGUGGAGGUGAACCUCAAUAACCAAACCCUGCAUGUGUCCACGGGGCCCGAGGGCAAGGCGGGCUCUGGGGCCACUGUGGUCCUGGGCCAGGAGGAUGGCAUGCAGGGACACUCGGAAGGAGAGGGGGAGGAGGGAGGAGGGAGUGCAGGAGGAGAGGAGGAGGAGGAGGGAGAGGAGGAGGAGGAGGGAGAGGGAGGCAGCCAGGGAGAGGAGGAAGAUGAGGAAGGGCCCAGCGAGCAGGAGGAUGAAGAUGAAGAGGGCGGGCCCAGUGAGCAGGAUGCAGAGAGUUCGGAGGGGGAGGGGGAGGCGGAGGGCAGGCAGGACCCCGCGGGUCCUGCGGGGUGUCAGGGCAGCCAGGAGGACCCUCCAGUGCACGGCCGCAUGUCCACACGGUCCCGGGGACAGAGCGCUCAGCGCCGAGCCACUCCGGAGCCGGAGGAGGCCGGGCGCAGAGGAGGAGGAGGAGGGAAGAGGCCCAAGCCCUCUGGAGCCGUUCCUGCAGCCCAGGCAGCUGAUGGGCUGGGGGCCAAGGUGAAGCUGGAGGAGAAGCAGCAGCACCCAUGCCAGAAGUGCCCUCGGGUCUUCAACAACCGCUGGUACCUGGAGAAGCACAUGAACGUGACCCACAGCCGCAUGCAGAUCUGCGGCCAGUGCGGGAAGCGCUUCCUGCUGGAGAGUGAGCUGCAGCUGCACCGCCAGACGGACUGCGAGCGCAGCAUCCAGUGCGUAACGUGCGGCAAAGCCUUCAAGAAGCUCUGGUCCCUGCAUGAACACAACAAGAUCGUGCACGGCUAUGCAGAGAAGAAAUUCUCCUGCGAGAUCUGUGAGAAGAAGUUCUACACCAUGGCGCAUGUGCGCAAGCACAUGGUUGCCCACACCAAGGACAUGCCCUUCACCUGUGAGACCUGUGGGAAGUCCUUCAAGCGCAGUAUGUCACUCAAGGUGCACUCGCUGCAGCACUCCGGGGAGAAGCCUUUCCGCUGUGAGAACUGCAAUGAGCGCUUCCAGUACAAGUACCAGCUGCGGUCACACAUGAGCAUCCACAUUGGCCACAAGCAGUUCAUGUGUCAGUGGUGCGGCAAGGACUUCAACAUGAAGCAGUACUUUGACGAACACAUGAAGACCCACACAGGGGAGAAGCCGUAUAUCUGCGAGAUCUGUGGCAAGAGCUUCACCAGCCGCCCCAACAUGAAGCGGCACCGGCGCACCCACACGGGAGAGAAGCCCUAUCCGUGUGACGUGUGUGGCCAGCGUUUCCGCUUCUCCAACAUGCUGAAGGCGCACAAGGAGAAAUGCUUCCGCGUCAGCCACCCACUGCCCAGCGACCCUGCCACGCUGCCCGCCACACACCUGCAGCCCACGGCCCCUCUCUUCCCCACUGCGGCUCCCAGGCUGGACACCAACUGACCCCCAGCACAGGCCCCUCCAGGCCAGGGAGAGACAGGAGAAACACAGACUGGGGACUGUGCUGCAGCCAGAUGCCCCAGAACUAACUGGGUUCCGGUGCGUGCUGGGAUGUCCCUUUUGCAGCUCUUGGCAGGUUUUACUCCUUCUCUUUGGGAGUAAAGGAACAGAGAGGGACUGGUUGGCUGCACCCUUCCAGGUGAGGGGUGCCGGAGGCACCAGAUGCAGGGCAGGAGGGGCUCUGGGCUGCAGACACGGCCAUGAAGCCAGGCAGGGCCUGGGUCAGUCGGCCUCAGCUGCUCAUCCCAGCUUCUCCGUGACCCUAACUUACUCCCUGGCAUGGGAGGUCUUGGGAAGAAUUUGGGUGCUCCCCUGUUGAAGGAGUUGUGGACACCCCCCCCCUCAGGAGGCCUGUGGCCAGGGAGGCAUGGCAGGGUAGGGGAGUGGCAGGAUGUGAAGGCUGCAGACCCCCUCUGUGUGGGGCAGGUGGGGGCUGGCCCCCAUGGGUUUCUUUUCCUGGUCACAUCCCUGCCAGGCAGGCUCAGGGACCCUCAGCCUGUGCUGGACUCUCAGAGAGCCCCAGAUCCUGGAGCGAAUCUCUCUGGGUGCUGGGAACCAAGCCUUCAGGGGGUGGAGAAGCUGACCCCCCAACCCCAGCUUCCAGGGGUCCUGCAGGAGAAUGAGAACCCAGGGGUGGACCCGACAGGAGCCUCAGGCGAGCAGUUCAGGGUUUCACGGUGCUAUCUGUGCGUCAGGGGACAAGGAGCUGUCCACAGGGCACCCCUGUCCCUCACCAGCCUGCCUGGCUGGAUUCCCCCACCAGAAGACACGUGCAUCUGCAUCUGUUCCUCCCACACACACGGGGGGGGGGGCAGGCCACUACCUGCCUCCCGCCGGCUCCUGGUCCCUCCUGGGCUCUGUGCUGUCUGGUGUGCCACAGCCCAGCCAGGGAGAGAAGCCAGUGCAUCUAGACCCCAGUGGGAGCUCAGCCAGUGCCCGAUGCUUGCCCUUGGGAGGCAGGCAAUAAUCGGUGACCCUUCUCUGUUGUCAUUUAACGUCCUUAACUCCUGCGUUUAAAUGGGAGAGAGUUUCCAUAAGCUAUGUUCCCUAGUUCUGGUUACCCCACUGUCCAUAAGCUUCUGUUUGUCACACUCUGCACCUUAUCCCCGCCCACCGCCACCUCUCCAGCAUGGCCACACUGGGAAGAGGCCUGUGCCCAAGGGGACUGGCAGAGGGUACCAAACCCCUCUGGCCUCAGAGGCCCACGGAGCUGGGACAGAGGGCUGGGGACAUUUUAAUCAUCAAUAAACGAAGCACUUUAUUCUGUACAGAUGCGGACAGGCCCGAGGUGCCCCGCUGACUUGGCUGUCCUCUGGGCUAGGAAGGACGUGAGUGGCCAGGGUCCCUGGUGGAGAGUCAGUCGGGCUGCAAGCUUAGCCUCAGGCCCCUCUUGUGUCCGUGGGGGAGGCAGGUGGGACCUGUCCCGUUUGGCUGCAGACUCUUGCCUCACUGCCCAAGGUUGGGCUUCCAGCUCCUUCCCUGUCUGUAUCUGUCCUUCCCCGGCUACUGUUGAUCUCUGGGCUUCCGCAAUGUCCUCAGGGACCCCUUCCCUGCCUCUCGGUAUUUCUGACCUUUGGCCUCAGUGCCUGGCAGGCAGCUGUCCAAAGCUGGCUCACAAAAAAAAAAAAAAAAAAGGUUGACCUCAAGGGUUCCCCACCCUUCUUGUCACUUGCUGGCCCUGGUGGCCUUCAUGGGGCCAGGACCCUGGUCUGUCUGGCUAUUCUUCAGUGAGCAGCAAUCUGAAGGGUAGGGCGUGGGGGUGAAACCCUGUCCCAGGCAUUGGAUUUCACACACACACCCUAUCCCCAGGGGCCAGACAGGUUCUGGACCCUAGCUGGGAUGGUUGCUGUGUGGAAGACGGCACAGCCCUCUCUCCCCGAGGCCACCAGUGCCACGUGUCUUGCCCUGCCCACAUGGGGCUCCCCCGCGAUUCUCCAGGCCACGGAAUUCUGGGUUCUUGUCUCAACGGCAAUUAUGCUUUAUUUUUUAAAAAGAUGGGUCACGUCUCUGAAUGUUAAUAUGAGGGGACUGAGCAUGGUGGUAACUUCCCAGGCCUACCAAAGAGACGGUGGCCUUGGGACCGUCACCUCCGGGGAGACGUGCUGGGGUCUCUUGCCCAACUGGACUUGGUAGGCCCAGUCCUGGGCGUGCUCUUCUGCGGUGAAGCAGGCCGCUCUGGUCUUGGAGCUGUUGUUACAGAGUCUCCAUGGAGGCAUGGCGGGCCCCGAACCCAGGGACGGCCACCUCCAUAUCCCCCUCACAGGGCUCUAGGUGGUAGCAAGAAGGCCAGACACAGGUGUGUGGAGCCUUAGUGUCCGGUCGUGUAUGACAUCCCCAUGGUCCCAGGGUGGGGGCAGUAAGCAUUUGCGGGAAUAAACUCUCAGUACCGCU